AUGGUAUAUUGUGUGUGGUUAUGUGGGGUUGGGGGUGGAUGGAGGGUGGUUUGGGUGUGUUAUUGUUGUUGGGUACUGUGUGGGGUUAUUGGUGGUGAAGGUGUGGGGUGUGGCGGCGGAGGGGAAGGGGUGGGGUGGGGUUGUUGGGGGGUUAGGGGUGGGUUGGGGUGGAGUGGGAGGGUGGUUUGGGGUUUUGUGGUGGUUGGGUGA